GUGACAUAUCAGAACUGAUUACUGACUAGCCAAGACGUUUGUCAAGUCAAAAGUCGCUGAACAUUUAAAACAUAACCAUGACUUCCACGAUCUCCGCCAAGAGAACCACGUUGCCCCCCGGCGUGUUCUGUCCGGUGAUCUCCCUCUUUAGAGGAAGCCGUCAUCAAGAGGUCGACUUUGAUGCUUCUUAUAAAUUCUUCACUUAUCUCAUUCGCAGUGGGGUGGACGGCCUCGUCUUGGCUGGCACCACCGCCGAAGCCGUACUACUCUCUCCAUCCGAGCGACAGGAGCUACUAGGGACAGCUCGACGUGCCGCAUGCGACCUGGGCUUUGAUGAAUAUCCACUGGUGGCAGGAAUUAGUGGUCAAUCCGUGAACGAGACCUUGCGUCUCGCCGAAGAAGCUCGGGAGGCUGGCGCUGAUUUCGGACUGUUGCUGCCGCCCAGUUACUGGCCCAAAGCUGUAACCAAGGAUGUUCUCAUCGACUUUUAUACUGAGAUUGCGGACAGCUUUAUCCUCCCGAUCGUUAUCUACAGUUUCCCGGCCAUCUGCAACGGAAUGGACAUGAGUUCCGACGUCAUGGCUACAUUGGCACAGCAUCCCAAUAUUGUCGGUGUCAAAUUGACAUGUGGAAACGCGGGUAAGGUCACCCGGCUGACGCACGAAUAUUCGCACGAGCAGUUUGGAGUGUACGCUGGAUCGUCCGACUGGCUCAUCCCGUGUCUUAGUGGUGGUGGAUCAGGUUGUGUGACCGGCGUUGCCAAUGUCUUCCCAAAGUCCACUGUGAAACUGUUUGCUUUGUGGAAAGCCGGGCAAGUGCAAGAGGCGAUGAAGCUGCAGGGAUUGAUUUCGCUGGCUGAACGGGCCUGCAAGGAAGGAAUAGCGCCAACUAAAUUUGCGACUGCUUAUUUCGCGGGGCCAGAAGCAGGUGUUACUGAUCCGGAGGCAUUCCGGCCCCGGAAACCGUACAAACCGUCGUCACAGGAAAUCCAGGAUUGGGUGGUGGAGGUGAUGCAGCCUUUGGUAGAGACUGAGAGAUCUUUGCCGGAUGUGGUGGGUCAGAACUCGAUGUAGAACGCAUCUGAGAUACAUUCCCGGGAACUCGAAACGUUUAGAUUCACAGAAAGGCAUUUUCUGAAUCAUCCGAACUUUCUAAUUUUGUCCUGGUCUCCAGAUACCGGAAAUAUUCUCCCGAUUAAAGUUUGCUCGGCUGGGUCCACAUGUUUUCAAUACUCGAAGAUAUGUCGAUGUUGCUGCCUUUACCAACAUUAAUUGAUUGCCAAUGGUAAAGGUUUCACUAGUACCAAACAACGGUUCUUCAAUCAUAGUGUUAUUGAUUCAACUUUCAAUGGCAUGG